AUGGCGGCCUGCUCAGGAUUGCUACUUUUGAUGGUUUUGCUGGGGCCUCUCCCAGCUCUCACCCAAAGGGAAUCCCGUCAUGAGAAAUUCUUCCGGCAGCACAUCGACUUCCCAAAGACCAGCAGUGAGCUGGAUCCCCGUCGCUAUUGCAACCUGAUGAUGCAGAGAAGAGGCAUGACCGCCACCAUCUGCAAACCCUCCAACACCUUCAUCCACGGGGAUCACACCCCUGUGGAUGCCAUCUGCAGAGGUGGUGGGACCUUUUACAGUGAGAAUUACUAUGACAGCAACGCCCCCUUUGACCUCACCGCUUGCCGCCUUGUUGGGGGAGGUACCCAGCACCCCCCCUGUACCUACCGAGGCAGGAUUAGCUCCCAGCGCAUUCGAGUGGCCUGCAUUAAUGGGGAACCAGUUCACUUCAAGGCUCCUCUUUAG